AUAGAUUAUACCACCCAUACACGCUGAGGGUAACUUAUGCCAGCCUGCAUGUCUUUGAGAUGUGGAAGGAAGCUGUGACACCCGCACGAUCACGGAGAGUGUGAAAAAAUUCCGCGCACGUUGCACCUGAGAUCAGGGUUGUCCCUGGGUCUCUGGAGACGUGAGGCAGCUCCUCCACUAACUCGCACUGUGCCAGGUGCAGAGCCUGUACUUCCCUGGAGGAGUUUGUUUAUUUUAUCUAGGCCUUGCUCUGUGUCCGUGGUACCUUUGAGGAGACACCUCGCUGUUGCUCUCUGCAAGCUUGGCGCAUCAUGGAUCGGAUUAAGCCUGCGGUAGCUGGUGCCCGAGCCGCGUUUAACCUGGGCAAAACCCGGCCGCUGAAAUUCCGCAUUCAGCAGCUGAAGGCUCUGGAGACGAUGCUGACCGAGAAGCAGGAUCAGUUCUCGGAGGCGCUCCACAAGGACUUGCACAAGAACAAGUUUGCGGUGGAAGUUUAUGAAAUGUUGGGGAUACUGAGUGAGAUCACAUUGGCUAUAGACAAGCUUCCUGAGUGGAUGGCACCAGAGCAUGUGGCAAAGAACAUACUGACAUUGAUGGACAAUGUUUACAUCCACCGAGAGCCUCUGGGUGUGGUUCUCAUCCUUGGCGCCUGGAACUACCCGUUGGCCCUCGUGCUCCAUCCAUUAGUUGGGGCCAUUGCAGCAGGAAACGCCGCAGUCCUGAAGCCGUCGGAAGUGAGUGGGAAUACUGCCCAGUUGCUGGCGGAUCUGCUCCCUCAGUACCUGGACAAGGACCUGUACCCUGUGAUCACCGGAGGGCCAGAAGAGGCCACCGAGCUGCUGAAGCACCCCUUCGAUCACAUCCUCUACACGGGCAGUGCCGCCAUCGGCCGGAUCGUCAUGGAAGCCGCUGCCAAGCACCUGACGCCGGUGACCCUGGAGCUUGGCGGGAAGAGCCCGUGCUACAUUGAUAAGGACUGCAAUCUGGACAUUUGCUGCAGGCGUAUAGCAUGGGGUCGGUACACCAACUGUGGGCAAACCUGCAUCGCCCCGGACUACGUCCUGUGUGAUAAAAGUAUCCAAGAUGAGGUGGUGAAGAGGAUCAGCUCCACCAUUACAGAAUUUUAUGGAUCCAACCCCCAGACAUCCCCGGACUACGGACGAAUCAUCAACCAGCGACAUUUUCGGAGAAUUAUGUCCUUGCUGGAGGGAGUGAAUGUGGCGUGCGGCGGUCAGAAUGAUGAAGAAGAUCUCUACAUAGCUCCAACAGUUGUGACUGACGUGGAUCCUGACUCCAAGAUUAUGCAGGAGGAGAUCUUUGGGCCGGUGCUGCCCAUUGUCACGGUCAGUACUGCGGACGAGGCCAUUGCCUUCAUCAACAAGCGGGACAAGCCUCUGGCUCUCUAUGUCUUCUCCCACAAGAAGGAGCUGGUAAAGAAGAUGAUAGUAGAGACAUCUAGUGGUGGGAUAACGGCCAAUGACUGCUUAAUCCACUACUCGGUCCCAGCACUGCCAUUUGGGGGCGUGGGUAAAAGUGGCUUCGGGUCGUACCAUGGCAAGUACAGCUUUGAGGUGUUCAGCCAUCGCCGAGCCUGUGUGCUAAGGUCACUGAGCAUGGAGAAAAUGAACAGUAUGCGGUACGCACCCUCCACUGACUCGAAACUGGAGUGGAUAAAGUUGCUGCUGAAGCGGCGUGGAGGUGGCAAGAAAUGGUGGUUUAUUGGGAUUGUAGCAUUGGGAGUCCUGCUUUCCAUAGUAAUGCGGCAUUUCUUGAUGUGGUAAUUGACCCGAUAUCAUCGCAUUAACCUCCCAACCAUUGCACAUGGGACCAUCAGAUUUAUGGAAUCAAGAAUCACCAAGCUCAUUAGAAAACUAAUGAAAGAAGCUACUUCACAGCUCAGGACUCUUCAGUUGGAGCUGGUAACAAAGAACACCAUUUUAUCCCAUUUUGUGAUCAGGGUACCGCAAUGAAAGAGAGAACACUGACACUAGGCUUAUGAGCGAUAUGGCUAUCCAAGCUGCAAUAUCGGAUUUUUCCAACAUGAUAUCAAUGUCACUUUUCUAAGAUAUGAUCACAAAUCUAAUAAUCACUGUUUUGAUUUCUGAGUAUGAUCACCUGCCCGGGUUGCUGCGAUUUCACAUUCAUUGUAUGGUCAUUCACAACACAAGCUGGGAGUUUCUGUUGGGAAGGCGAUUCUUUCAAAAUUUUUAUUGCUAUCUUUUCCAGCACUUUUUACCUCAAUUAUGACAAACUAGCAUCAAAGAUUCCCAGUGCUAAUUACACUUUAGUUCAGACUGAGUUUCCAGCAUUUUUUGUUUGUGUUUAAAAAUAAUCUCCUUAGGAGCAGCUCCUAUCCUCAAUACUAUCCCAAGUCCCCGAUGAAGUUAAUCGUCACGGUGAGUUUCUGAAAAUGUAUUACUUGUAGUAGAUCACUGAGAUUAGGCUGGCUCUCACAGCAAUCCCAUUUCCCAGCAAGUUACUAAUGACCUUCCUAGUUUCACAGAGGCCUGAAUUCUUCUACCAGCUACAUUAGGACCAGUAAACCCACCUAAACAACACUCCUUUGGGUUGUAUUAGGAAACCCAUGUAGUCACUGGGAGAACAUGCAAACUCUGCACAGACAGCACAUGAACCUAAUGCACAUUUGUUUUCACCUUUAUGAGGAGGAUUUUUAAGAUUAAACCUUGGAUAUUUGGAAAGUAAUGUUAAUUCACUGAGAGAUGUUUGUAACUAGCUGCCAAGCAAUGAUUGAUGCAAGUCUGAAUGUUUUUAACAUUCUUAGACCAUGAGACAUAGAAGGAGAGCCAGGCCGUUCGGCCUGUCCAGUCUGCCCCGCUGUUAAAUGGUGGCUGAUUCAUUUUCCCUCUCAAUCCCAAACUAAUUUUAGUCAUUUGGAAUCCAGUUAUUUCGUCAGCACUCUGUAUUCUUGUGCAUUCUUAAUUAGAAUCUUGUAUUUUCAAAAAAUCUUUGUGCUAAACAUGUGCAUGUCUGUAUUAAUCCUUCUCUAACAUCGAUUUAACAUAGAAUACAUUUAUCCCAAUGCUGUCCAACUCCACUGGACAGAGAUGGAAAUGAGUUUCUGCAGAAACUGGGAAGAAGAGAAACCUGUUUUUAAAAAUUAACAAAUCUAUUGUGGUUUAGCACUAGGAAAGCUGAUAGAAUCCAAACUGGAAAGUCCAGUUAUAUUUUUAUCUAGCAUCAAGGUUUUGUAAAAAAAAAACCCACAGGGUUAUAACCCAGAGAGACCCUUGUGUCAUGUUGAACUCUUGCCUGAAAGUGAGAGGUUGACAUUUCAGGCUGAGACUAAUCAUCAGCCCAGGUCUUGGCCCAAAAUCUACUGUUCAUUUCCAUAGAUGCUGCCUGACCUGCUGAGUUCCUCCAGCAUCUUCUGUUUGUUCUUCUGGAUUUCCAACCUCUCUAAGAUCCUUGUGUUUAUAACCUAUGCUUAUCAUUUGUCUACCAUUCUGGGGAUUUGAUACUAAUUGCAAUUGCACUGCAAAAGCUGCUUCAUUUGCUAGCAAGCACCUUGGGAGACCCUGAAAAGGAAGUAAAAAGUGCUAUAGAAAUGCAAGCUUUCAGCAAAAUGUCUGUACGGUUGAAUAAUGUAACAUGCAUUUAUGUACAAAUUUAAUAAAACAUUUUUGAUCAUA